AUGACGUGCAAUAUUAAUAAAAACUCAUCGGUUGUUUAUCGUCCUGUUGAAAAACAUGAACAAGUUCAAGCUCUUGAUUUAUGGGUUUCUGUAUUCGAACCCGGUAAUCUAGGAUGGUUCGAACGUGAUUUCGCCAUUGAAGCAGCCCCAACAUACCAACACGGCGACACUAUCGGCGCAUGGUAUGAUGGAGAACUGAUCAGUACAGUACAUAUUCGACGCAUUAUGGUUCAGUCUCGUGACGAUGAUACGAAAUAUUUAUGUGGUGGUAUUUCCAAUGUAGCCACUCUGGAGAACUAUCGAAAUCAAGGACUCUCGCGACAUCUACUUCGUUUGGCCAUUGAAAGAAUGGAACAAAACGAUGAAUUCGAUUUAUCUAUUUUGGGUACUGGACGAUAUAAUCAUUAUUCUGUUCUUGGUUGGGAACAAAUGAAUGUGCCCAAUGAAAUUACUAUUGAAUGGAAGAAUUUUGACCCUACUAUGAAUAACAGGAAAUGGUGUUCGACAUCUGAAAUAUUUUCAUCAGAUAAAGAAUUAUUACUUGCUUUGCAUGGAAAAAAUCCUCGAGAAUAUCAACUCGAUCGGUCACCUUCAUCUCUAUUCGAGCAUUUUGUAGGUUGGAACUGGCAAUUUAAUAACGCUAUUAUUUAUAUACAUCGUGAAGAAGAAUCGGGUUAUAUUGUGAUCAGUAAACCAGACAAUAUUAAUGAUAUUCAUGUAUCCGAAUGGCGAGCACCAAAUAUUGACGUUGAGAGAAAAUUAUUCAAAGUUGCAGCUGAAGAGAUUUAUCGUCGACAACAGCAGCAGACAAAUAUAAUACGGUUUCAUGGUCUACCACAAUAUAUCACCAUUAAGGAAUUAGAACAAUGGGCUGGAAAGAUAAAAAUAGAUUUCAAAGCGGACAUGAUGAUACGUAAUAUUCGACUUUCGAAAGAAACAAUCGAUAAGAUCAAAGCAGCUUAUUCGACAGGUUCCGCAACAUUUUGGUCAGCUGAUGCUUUUUAA